AGGUUAUUACAAAAAGAUGCAGAGCAGGAAUCCCAAAUGAGAGCCGAGAUUCACAACAUGAAGCAAGAACUCUCAACCAUUAGUAUGAUGGAUGAGUUUGCUAGAUAUGCCCGUCUGGAAAGAAAGAUUAACAAAAUGACUGACAAGCUUAAAACCCAUGUGAAAGCACGAACUGCCCAGUUAGCCAAAAUCAAGUGGGUUAUAAAUAUUGUGUUCUACAUCUUACAAGCUGCCUUGAUGAUCUCUCUGAUUUGGAAGUACUACUCUGAGCCAGUUACAGUGCUUCCAAGCAAGUGGCUUGCUCCACUGGAGCGCUUGGUAGCCUUUCCUACAGGGGUGGCAGGUGGUGUUGGAAUUACCUGUUGGCUUGUGGUUUGUAAUAAAGUUGUAGCUAUCAUGCUGCACCCUUUCAGCUGA